GGGUUUUAACUUCCGGGUGGAGUAAUGUUGACGCAAUCAGCUGAAAGUUGCUGAGAGAAGCAGCAGCGGCUUUAAUUUCCCACAUUCUCUUUCUUCAGACGGUUUGAUGAGACGCAGCAGGUUUAGCAUACACUGAGGUCAUCGAGGUGAAUGCAGAAUGGCCAGUGCAGCGGCCAGCGAGAGCUCAGCGUCAGCUUCUAAUGGACAGACGGCCGGAGAGAACAGCAGCGGUGGCGGCGGCGGCAGCAGCGCUCAGGACAGCACGUUUGAGUGUAACAUCUGUCUGGACACGUCCAAAGACGCCGUCAUCAGUCUGUGUGGACAUCUCUUCUGCUGGCCGUGUUUGCAUCAGUGGCUGGAAACCAGACCCAACAGACAGGUGUGUCCCGUGUGUAAGGCCGGCAUCAGUCGGGAUAAAGUGAUCCCGCUGUACGGCAGAGGCAGCACCGGCCAACAGGACCCCAGAGAGAGAACUCCUCCACGACCGCAAGGACAACGGCCAGAACCGGAGAAUCGUGGCGGGUUUCAAGGUUUUGGCUUCGGCGAUGGAGGCUUCCAGAUGUCUUUCGGUAUUGGGGCUUUUCCUUUCGGGAUCUUUGCUACAGCGUUUAACAUCAACGACGGACGACCGCCUCCAGCAGCUCCAGGAACCCCUCAGCACACGGACGAGCAGUUCCUGUCCCGCCUCUUCCUGUUUGUGGCGCUGCUUAUCAUGUUCUGGCUACUUAUUGCUUAAAAGAAGAUGAACUUUAUGAUCAGGACAGGAUAAUCUAUCUUGUCGGAGGACUGACGGCUAACUAAUCCUACAGAGAUCGCAGUAGACCAUCAGGUUCAGUAGUGCAGAUGUUGUGUGUCGGUUUCAGCGGAUGGAAACGUGUUAACGGCUCUUUUUCUGUGAAAGAGAUGCAGGGCUUGCGUUGUGAUUUUGCAUGUCAUUGAUACUGUGAAACAUGACUGAAUGCAAACCACACUGUUCGGGCUAAUGUUUGGUUUUUCUUCCCAGAUAUGAUUUUAAAUAAACUCUAGAGUCUUAUUUCUCUUAAGAUGAAGUCAUUUAUCGGAUUUUCUACGAUUACGGUGCCAAAUUAUGUCACUCACUGUAAUAAAACUGGUAUAAAUCAUAUGAAUGUAUAAAUAUACUUCCUAACAGUAACUUUAAAAACUUUAACAUAUAUUUUCAGCUUAUUUUAAUUCAUAUUUUUGUUUGCAAAUAUCAAAGUCCAGCAUGAACCGAAGUAGAUGAUUUGUUCUCGUUCUCUUUUUUUCAAUAUGUCUUAAUAACAUGACAGUUUAUUCAUAUAAAAAUGAGUUUUGGGGAAAAUUUAUUUGCAGUGUGAGAAGCAUAAGUGCAUGUUGACUACCCACAUGACGAUUAAAUUUAAUUAUAAACUUGU